UCUGGGACGAACUAGUUAAUUUUACAUCUAAUAAUUUAGUUUAAAAGACAUAUCAUGUCUAAAGUUACCUUUAAAAUCACUCUUACUUCAGACCCAAAACUUCCUUUCAAAGUUCUGAGCGUACCAGAGGCGACGCCGUUCACGGCGGUGCUGAAGUUCGCGGCGGAGGAGUUCCGCGUGGAGCCCGCCACCAGCGCCAUCAUCACCGACGACGGCAUCGGCAUCAACACGCAGCAGACUGCCGGAAAUGUUUUCCUAAAACAUGGAUCAGAACUGAGGUUAAUUCCGAGAGACAGAGUGGGGUGUAGCUCCACAUAGAUGAUCUUACAUUCCAUGUAUUAGGAUACAAUUAUAACGUUUGUAAUCAGACAAUCUCGUAAAUAUAAACAUGACUCUCAUAAUAAUAUUGUGUGUAUUUUAAAUAAAAAUUUACAAAUAUUUCAAAUUAAUGAUUCCAGAAUUUAAUAAUACUUUUUGGUAAGCUUUGAAUCCACAAAUCCACAUCUUUUAAUAUUCCGUUAU